AUGUGUAUUGACUACCAACUUCUGAAUCUGCUCAUAAAGCUAUCUCGCUACCCCCUACCUUUGAUCGAUAACCUGCUGGUAGACUCCAAGUCCGCAAUGUGGUUUAUGAGCCUCGACAUGGCGAGCGGAUUCUGGGCGAUGCGAAUGACUGAACGGGCGAAGCUGAUCUCUGCAUUUGUCUGUCCGUUCGGAUUCGUCCGUCUACCUCCUGAAGAAGAAACGUUGGUCGACCCAGAAGUUCUUAAGUUCCUGGAUCUUGAGCUGCAAGAAGUCCUGAGACAUGAGGUGGAUAUGCAGGAUUCAGAGAUCCCGGCAUUGGACAUGACUGUAUUUCGACGCAAUAUCCCGGCUCCGUCACAAAUGGGCCCGGUCUUGGGAAAAAGCUCGUACAUUGACGAUAUCGCUCAUGGGCGUCGAUCUGGGACCAACUAUGUGAAGACCUGGAUGCGUUGUUAUACAGACUACGAUACUGGAAUAUCUCUGGCCUUGUCGAAGAUUGUCAAAGGCAUAGAGGAUUUACCUUUCUCGUCGACGUACAAGGGAGUGCAGUCCUUCUUAUGGAGUUUGAACUACUACAAUAAGUUUAUUGAAGACUUACCAGUGCUCUACGAACUAGACGAAGAACGUGAACGUGCUGCACAGAACCUAGAAGCCGCAAAGGAGUCUUUCGAGAUACUGAAACGUCGUGUCAACCCGCUGUUGCGAUAUCCGGACAGAACCAAACCUUUCGUGAUAAUUCCACAUGCUAACCCGUGGGCGGCGUGUGUCGUUUUGGUUCAGGAGCAUGAAGGACUCAUACACCCCGUACGAUUAACGGGUAGAGUGUUGAAGGAAUCAGAGCUACGUUACCACAUAGCUGAGAAAGAAGUGCUCGCGAUCUUGCGGGCUCUGGAGGCUUUCAGACCUCUGAUCCAUGGAUUAGAAUUCCCAGUUGUGGUGUACACACGCUACUCUGUAUUAAAGUGGUUACUGCAAUCCAGUAUCGCAGAUGGACGACAUCUGAAGUGGGGACUGGAGAUAUCAAGAUGGACACUGGAAAUCCAUCGGACUCAGAAAGAUGAGGACGGCCUUGCGGCCAUACUUGGGUCUGGUAUUACUCCCAGGGAACAUCUAGAUAAAGUCGCAGAGACUCUGAUUCCUGCCAAGGGGCGUCUGAAGGUGAUCCCACCAGUGAGUUUGGAAAUGUUGGAAGCAGACUACCAAGGCUACGUUUUGAGUUUCGAUGGCGCUGUGGAGGUGUCUACUCGCCGAGGAAGUUGUGGAUGCAUACUGUGGAAACUGCCAGGGUGGAAAGUUGUGAAAGCUGAAGGACACAUCCUUGAAGGUGUGGCGGUCAAUGAUGCUGAGUACCAUGGCUUGAUUUUGGGACUAAAGCUCGCUAUGAAGUACUAUGUCAAGGAGCUUGUGGCAGCUCAGGGUCUGAUCAAUUGUAAUCAGCCCAACCUGCAACGACGCUUAGCUGAGUAUGGGGAUCCCAGGAAGAAUUUUGCGUCGGUUAAAUUGAUUCAUGUCAAACGUGAGUUUAAUCAAGCGGCCGACUACUUGACCUCUAAGACCCUCGUGCUUGGAGAAUCCUGGGAGCUCGAUGACCCCGACAAGAUAGUGCAUUUACGUUUCGUAUCCAGAAUCCAUGAAAAGAUCAUGAAGCCUUCAGAACUCCCAAGUACCCCUGUGAUCGAUGCGGUUCGCUCGGACCAAGUCGAACUCGGGGCGGAUAGUUCCGAUGCUGGAAUACCAGAGUCUCUAACUACCGUGGCUGAGGCACUGAUGGUCACGAGCGGGAGUGGAUGCAAGUUCCCGACUCCCGUAGACCAGUCUGGAUGCCACGAUGAACGUUGGAGGGGAAACAAGGUUCACCAAGACGAAGACUCGUGGAUUCAGCAAAUGAAGGAGGUCCUAAAAGGAGACAUGUCAGAUCUUCCACGAAACCAGGUAAAGAAGAUUGCGAAGGUUUCUGAUCAGUUUGUGUUGUAUUCGGGAGAAGUCCAUUACAGGCUUAGCACACCCACUCCUGAGAGGCCUCGCAAUUAA